CCCACUAAUAAGCCAAAGCGCACACGGCAGGAAGGCAGCCAGCCAGAGAGGGGGACCUUCAAAUCUCAGGCUUCGCCAUUAAUUCUCACCCUUUCUUCCCACGGAAACGCUUUUGAUUAUUUGUUAUAUUGGGCGACUAGUGCAUUGACCUACGACCUUCUCUGAUCGAUCUCUUCUUCCCUAUUUCUUUUCUUUUGUUUCUUUUUACUCCUUUUUUCCCGCUUACGAGUUGCGACGUACCCUCUCAGAGGGCUUAAGCUUCGCAGCCGUGCCAAAAACUAGAGCUGACCGGAAUGAAGGGACCGAAGAGACCAAUCCACGCCGUGGCGACAUGGGUGAAGCGUCAGCCACCGAAGGUGAAGGCUUUCCUCGCCGUUGUCUCUGGCAUGGCUGCUCUUGUUUUACUCCGCUUUAUUGUUCACGAUCACGAUAACCUCUUCAUUGCGGCCGAAGCCGUUCACGCUAUCGGAAUCUCUGUGCUCAUCUACAAGCUUACCAAAGAGAGGACUUGUGCUGGACUUUCACUCAAGUCUCAGGAACUAACAGCUAUAUUCUUAGCUGUUAGACUGUACUGCAGUUUUGUUAUGGAAUAUGAUAUGCAUACAGUCCUUGAUUCAGCUACGCUGGGGACAACCCUGUGGGUCAUUUAUAUGAUUCGUUUUAAACUGAGGUCUAGUUACAUGGAGGACAAGGACAAUUUUGCCAUAUAUUAUGUGGUGAUACCUUGUUUUUUAUUAGCUCUAGCCAUUCAUCCAUCAACAUCACAUCAUAUUAUGAACAGGAUUUGUUGGGCCUUCUGUGUAUAUCUUGAAGCUGUUUCAGUACUUCCUCAGUUGCGUGUAAUGCAGAAUACUAAGAUUGUUGAACCAUUUACAGCUCAUUAUGUAUUUGCAUUGGGAGUUGCAAGGUUCUUGAGUUGUGCACAUUGGGUCCUGCAGGUCUUGGAUACUCGGGGACGUUUGUUGACAGCUUUGGGUUACGGGAUGUGGCCUUCCAUGGUUCUUCUCUCAGAAAUUGUCCAAACUUUCAUCCUUGCAGACUUCUGUUACUACUAUGUCAAAAGUCUUGUUGGUGGACAGCUUGUGCUACGCCUUCCAUCGGGAGUGGUGUGAGGAUGAAACUUUUCUUGUGCAGUUUGUAGGCUCGCUGCAACUGGAAAUAACUUAAAAUUAGGAAAACGUGGGCAUGUUCUCUCUGUUCCUUUUUGCUCUCCACGUUUUGUACUUUUACCUUUUGUUUUCUCUUGCACUCGUAAGUCGUAACCGAAGAAAGGGAUGGCUGUAAAGUUGGGGAUGCGGGAUAUUUGAGUAAACAAUAUAAUUUAAUGCAUGAUUUUGCCACAGUUAAGUGUAAGGUUUGAAGCAAAUGUAGGUCCAAAUUUUCCAUCUACAAUUGUUAGUUUACCUAUCAACCAGGUGAAUCUUGACCUUUUUGCUUUAUCAUUUAGUUAGUGAUGGCGGUUUCUUCCC